AUGACCCACAACAGCGAUGACCGGAAAGAAGACCAACCAAAUUACGCUCGACUUUUUGUUGUAUGCAGUAGGCGAACUAAAGAAGAAGACUUAAGAAAACUAUUUGAAGAGUAUGGUACUAUAGACGACUUGCAUGUUCCACGGGACCGUACUACUGGGGAGAAUAAAGGGUAUGCCUACAUUAAGUAUAAAAAAACAUCUUCCGCUGCUUUAGCAAUUAAAGCCUUGCAUCUAAAGAGCAUCAAUGGAAAACCUAUGAAAGUUAUGGUUGCAGCAAACAAAAAUGAGUCUCAACUCUCUGAUCAGUAUGGAGACAAAUUCACACGACUUUUUAUAAAAAUACCUAAAGAAUAUACUGAAACUGACAUUAUUGACAAGUUUUCUAAAUUUGGACAAGUACAAUCAGUAUACAUAUUAAAGGAUAGGAAGACUAAUACCAGUAAAGGGUUUGCAUAUGUUAAAUAUGGUGAAUUUUAUGAUGCAGCAAUAGCAUUUGAAAGAUGUGACAAAACUUAUAAAGCAAUUUUUGCUGCACCUAAAGAUUUAAAGCGUGACAGGAGUGUACUUGAAGAUGAAAGUUUUUUACCUCACUCUCAGAAAAGAGCAAGAAACAAUUCAGACACUUUUAACCAACAGCCUAUUUUUGAGAUGAACAAAUUUAAUGCCUUUACAAGUAUGGCUAGUAAGGAGUACAGAACCAUCUGUGUAAAAUGUGUCCCAAUAAUAUCUGAAAAAUAUAUUUACCAACUGUGUAACAUUAUACCUGGAUUGCAGAAAUGUCAAUACUCUUUAGAUAUUUACAAUGGUGUAUGUACUGCUAAUGUAACUUAUGAAGAAUCUAAAUAUGCUGCUUAUGCUGUACAAAAACUAAACAAGUUUGAAUUUCCAUCAGGAGAAAUAAUUUCUGCAAAACCAGAUGCAAAUCCCUUGGCACAAGUAGCAACUGACCUUACAGACAUAGUAAAUAAUUUUAAAAGUUCUGUUGAUUCAGGGGUAGACCUUAUAAAUUUGGCAAAUGCUAUUGAAAAAGCUUCCUCUUUAAUAAAAGCUGCAGCUAGUGGUCAAAUAGAGACUAAAGAAAAUCCAAAUUAUUGUAAUAUACCAUUACCUCCUCUCAAACCUAAAUCAAAUACUUUAAAAGUUGCAAAAAGAUUGUUUAUCAUUUGUAAACCUGAACCACCCCCUGUGCCAGUGCUGCAUGAUGCAUUUUGUCGAUUUGGUGACCUUAUUGGUGUCUCUACUUUUCCAAAUAAGACAUUUGGCUUUGUAAAAUAUGCUUCACACGAUUCGGCACAGGAAGCCAUGAAUGUUUUAAAUGGAGCACUAAUAUGUGGAAUGAAGCUAAAAGUUAUUGAAGCUGAUGAGAAGCCACACUGUGAAGAUAAUACUGUUAAAGAGGAGUUAGCAUCGUGA